AUGUCUAACGAAAUUAUUUUAGAAACAGUACGGGAAUUGCUACCAGACAUUGAGAAAGAGAUCCGAGAACAAGUAAGCCAGGAAUUGCAAAUGGAAUAUCAAAUUAAAUUUCAAUAAGAAAUAGAUGAAUUGUCCCAAUUUAAUGAGGAACAAAUAAGGGCCGAAUUAGAAAAGCAAAUAAGAAUUGACUAUGAACAAUAGAAGGAACAAUUGGCUCAAGACGUCAUUCGCGAAUUCGAUGAUUCUCUUCAAAGAGGUUAAUUGGAGCAAUAAUUAAGAUUCAAAAUGUAAGAGGAGUUGGAAGAGCAAAUUAAUGACGAGGUUUCAAAAAAAUCCAAAUAAAUCAGAUUGUAAUAUAAGAAAAGGCUCGAAUAAGAGAAAAAUCAGUUGUAGAAGGAUUUUGAGUUAGAAUGGAAACAAAGAGUCGAGGCUGAGAAAAAAAGAUUGGAAAGAGAAAAGAGUGAAAUUGCAAGAUUGAAGUCAGUGGAGUAUGUAAAACUGAAAAAAUUACAAGAUGAAUAAAAAAAGCACGGUUAAUUAUUAAAAGAUUAAGAAACUAAAUAUUAAGAUAUUAUGAAAUCCCUUCAAAAAUAAAUAUAAGAUUUGACAUAAUAAUUAGAAAUAGCUUUAUAAGAUUAAAUUAUCUAAGAAAAAUUAAGAAGUUAAUAAGAGAAUUUUGAUAGCUUUGAUUAAGAUAAAUUAAUAAACUUUCCACUUUAAAAAUAAGAAUAGGUUUAAAAUCAUAAAUCCAUUCCAAUCUACUAGCAUAAAUAAAUUACAGAAGACGAAUCAUAAGAAUCUUCAUAAACAUAAGUGAAUCUACAUAAUCAUAAAUAAAAACAUAAUAGUCAAAAAGCAGAUUAAUAAGAACAACAGAAUUAACAAAAAUUAAAGAAUCCAAAUAAGAAGUAACAAACAUAGUAUUAAAACCAAUUGGAAAAGGGACUUAAAUAAUAGAAAGGUCAUGUGGAAAUAUCAAAACCUUAACACUUUGAUUAAGAAAAUAAUUAAAAAUAGAUGAAUCGAAUUGAUACAAUUAUAAAAUAAUAUGAUGAAAUUCCAGUUUAAAAAGAACAGUUCAUGAGUUACAAUAGUUUAUUUAAAGAAAGUGAUCUUGAUAAUAGUAAAAAUAAAUAAAUGAAAUAAAGAAGAUAAAAAUUUGUAGAGAAUCAAGAGUUAGAUUAGAGACUCCAGACUAAAUACUUAGGAAUGUAAAUCAAUAUUAUGAAUGACUUUAUUGUCGAUUAUGUUGAAUUUCCUGAAUAUCAUUAAGUUAAAAUGUUGCUUUAGGAAAUUAUUGAAUUAUUUAAUUAAUGGAUGAUUAGUUAUUAAGAGAGAAUUGAAUUUUUCAAAAGGAUUAAAUAGAUUGCAAAUUCAAAUUUUAGAGAUAUUAUUCCAUUCAUACAAACAUAAAUCCAUAAAUUUAAGCUGAUCUAAAACUAUUAUUCUGAUUUCUAAAAACGAUUCAAUCUUAAGAAUUAGAUUAUGGCCAAUUUUAGCUAAUUUAGUAAAUGCAAAUGCUUAUUUGAUUAAUUAAAUUAAUUAAAUUUGAAAUCAAUUAAUUUAUCAGUUUUAGGAUGUGACUUCUAGGAAAUGGUACAACUUGACUAAUGGGAAAAAGACUUUUUAGAAAGAGAAGAACUAAAGUCAUAAAUUUUGUGUAAAAUAUAAUCGAAAUUAAUAUGA